GUGACGGCCACACUGCCUAAGCCAAACACCAAUUAAUUUUUCGAUUCAAAUAUUUUAAGCAAUGAAGAAUAAUUCUCUUCUAAUUUAAUGAAGUUUUAACGAUUCUAAACAGACUCCUACUACCAAAUCAGCCAAACAGAAGUCUGCUCCCCGAAUUAUCCGCUAAACAAAGAUGCAUACGUGUCGACUGUGUCUGGCAAAGGACGCCAACUUUCCAACUGUAAAUACCAAGGCUGCAAUGAGGAUAAUGGCAUGCCUUUCUAUAGAAAUCGACCCCGGAGACGGCCUGCCGCAGCACAUUUGUACCAUAUGUCGGCUGCGCCUCGAGGAAAUUAACAGUUUCCGGCGACGCUGUCUUGCUGUUGAUCGGCGACUGAAGCGAAGAAAUUUGCUGCAACACCACGAGCCCAAGGCCCAUAUGGAGGUGAUAGCGGCACAGGAGGAGGCCGAGGAAGAACGCAUCCUGCAAGACGUGGUUGGAUGCACGGCAACAGCCUGCUCCGAGAACAACGCCCAGUGGCGUCAGCAAGCAUCGAAGGUCAUCCGUGCAGAGCUAGACGCAUACAAAAAGGAGCUUCAUGCCAUCUGUAAGCAGGCGGUGCGCGGUGAGAUUGAAAACGAGAUUCGCGCCGAGAUGAUGGGAGUGCUCAUGGCUGAGGCCAAGCAGAAGCUGAAACUCAGCGUCCUGGACGAGCUCUUCGACGAGCUAGAGGCAUUCUUCGUGCGCAAGCGCAACGAGGCGGCCUAUGGGUCCGAGAGUUUUUGCACGAAUUCCCCCCAAAAGGAUGGAGCACACAGCGAUGGUUUCUUUGAAGCAGAAGAACAAGAAGAACUAGUGAGCGGAGAUGUUGUAGAGCUACUGGAUGACGAACCGGAGCCUAGGAAUCCAGAACCUAGGCAACCACCGACCACUGCGGAAAAAACACAUCCUGCUCCUCCUACCAAUUCGUUUAAUCCCAUGCCUAUGGUCGAGAUCAAUAUGAGUGACUCUCAAAUGAGCCAUCUGCGUGAGGACUUCAACAGGGAAGCCUUCCUAAGAGCUAAGACAACUCCGCGUAAGAAUGUGAAGGUUAACUCGCCUCGCGUCAAGAGAAGGCGCAUCAGCGUUUUAUUAUGCCGCAAGCACAACGACAGGACAAAGCGGUACUCCCAGGAGCCAGUCGAUUCCAGCGAAUGCGUGUGUUGUCGUCUGCGGGGUGCACACAAGCUAAAUCAAACAGCAUCUUAGGCAAACCACCGUUUAUUUAGGACUAGUAUAUAUAAUAUAUACAUUUUACCAACAUCCUUUUCUAUUUAAGGCUACGAAAAGCAACACAAACAAAAAAGAAAUCCUUGGUUUUCUGAAAAGACCAGUUUUCUAAUGUUUUCCUAUAUAACAAAUAUUUGUUGUAAACCAUGUUUUAACUUGGCUUUUAUUGAAGUCUUUCUUUUUUUUUGAUUAUGCAUUUUCUUUAUAUCGUUUAAACUAAGGUUAAAAAAUAACGAAAAACCAUGGAAAAUAUUUGACCU